GAAGCCGGCGCGGUGGGGGAGGGUGGCUGGGUGGCGGCGGAGGAGGAGGGGAGCGGAGGCGGGGACGCAGCCGUCCCCGGCCCAGCCCAGCUCAGCGCCUUGCCCCGGCCGGACACGGCGCCCGGGGCGGAGAUGGCGGACGAGCCUCAGAAGAAGCCGCACUUGUCGGCCCUGGUGGGGCACACCAACGGGCUCACCAAGCCCGCAUCGCUCGCCGCCGCCGCCGCCGCCACCCGCGCCGCAGGAGGAGGAGGCGGAGGAGGCGGCGGCGGCGCGACCGCCUCCUCCAAGAAACUCGUGAUCAAGAACUUCAGAGAAAGACCCAAAUUACCAGAUAAUUAUACUCAGGACACAUGGCAAAAGCUUCAUGAAGCGGUGGGAGCGAUACAGAGUAGCAUUUCUAUUAAAUACAACCUUGAAGAGCUCUACCAGGCUGUUGAAAACCUCUGUUCUUAUAAAGUCUCUGCUACACUGUACAAACAGCUGCGACAAGUCUGUGAAGAUCAUGUGAAAGCACAAAUACUUCAAUUCAGAGAAGAUUCUCUGGAUAGUCUUUUAUUUUUAAAGAAGAUAAACAAAUGCUGGCAAGAUCAUUGCAGACAAAUGAUCAUGAUCAGAAGCAUUUUCUUAUUUUUGGAUCGCACAUAUGUACUUCAGAAUUCAAUGCUGCCUUCUAUAUGGGAUAUGGGGCUAGAAUUAUUUAGAAAUCAUGUUAUUAGUGAUAAACAAGUUCAAAACAAGACUAUUGAUGGAAUCCUCUUGCUGAUUGAACGAGAACGAAAUGGUGAAGCUGUCGACAGAAGUUUGCUGCGAAGUUUGUUAAGCAUGCUGUCUGAUCUACAGGUUUAUAAGGAAUCAUUUGAACAGAGAUUUUUGGAAGAGACAAAUUGCUUAUAUGCUGCAGAGGGCCAAAGAUUAAUGCAAGAAAGAGAGGUCCCAGAGUAUCUUCACCACGUUAAUAAACGUUUAGAAGAAGAAGGAGACAGAGUAAUAACAUAUUUAGAUCAUAGCACACAGAAACCACUGAUUGCCUGUGUGGAGAAGCAACUACUAGGAGAACACUUAUCAGCUAUUUUGCAAAAAGGGCUUGAUAACCUGCUCGAUGAAAACAGAGUAUCAGAUUUGACUCAGACAUACCAGCUGUUCAGCAGGGUAAAAGGUGGGCAGCAGAUCCUUUUGCAGCACUGGAGUGAAUACAUCAAGAACUUUGGGACAACAAUAGUGGUUAAUCCUGAAAAGGACAAGGAUAUGGUGCAAGAACUACUAGAUUUUAAGGAUAAAGUGGACCAUAUCAUAGAAGUGUGCUUUCAGAAAAAUGAAAAAUUUAUAAACUUGAUGAAGGAAUCCUUUGAAACAUUUAUCAACAAGAGACCAAAUAAGCCUGCAGAAUUGAUAGCAAAAUACGUUGAUUCAAAGUUAAGAGCUGGUAAUAAAGAAGCAACAGAUGAAGAGCUGGAAAGAAUCCUUGACAAGAUCAUGAUAAUAUUCAGAUUCAUUCAUGGUAAAGAUGUGUUUGAGGCAUUUUAUAAGAAAGACUUGGCCAAAAGGCUGCUGGUUGGGAAGAGUGCGUCAGUAGAUGCUGAGAAGUCCAUGUUAUCAAAGCUUAAACAUGAAUGUGGCGCUGCUUUUACCAGCAAACUGGAGGGCAUGUUCAAGGACAUGGAACUGUCAAAAGAUGUCAUGGUUCAGUUUAAGCAGUAUAUGCAGAACCAAAGUGACACAGGAAAUAUAGACCUGACAGUAAAUAUACUAACUAUGGGAUACUGGCCAACUUAUACGCCUGUGGAAGUCCACUUAAAUUCAGAGAUGAUUAAGCUUCAAGAGGUAUUUAAAAUGUUUUACCUGGGAAAACACAGUGGUCGAAAGCUUCAGUGGCAGACCACUUUGGGCCAUGCAGUCCUGAAAGCAGACUUUAAGGAAGGGAAGAAAGAAUUUCAAGUAUCACUCUUUCAGACAUUAGUGCUGCUUAUGUUUAAUGAAGGGGAUGAAUUCAGUUUUGAAGAAAUUAAAAUGGCCACUGGUAUAGAGGACAGUGAAUUAAGAAGAACUUUGCAGUCUUUAGCCUGUGGUAAAGCACGGGUAUUGAUAAAAAAUCCAAAGGGAAAAGAUGUGGAAGAUGGAGACAAAUUCAUGUUUAAUGGUGAUUUCAAGCAUAAAUUGUUCAGAAUAAAAAUUAAUCAAAUCCAGAUGAAAGAAACAGUCGAGGAACAGGUUAGCACAACUGAAAGAGUAUUUCAAGAUAGACAAUAUCAGAUUGAUGCUGCUAUUGUACGAAUAAUGAAGAUGAGAAAGACUCUUGGUCAUAAUCUCCUUGUUUCUGAAUUGUAUAAUCAGCUGAAAUUUCCAGUAAAGCCUGGAGACUUGAAAAAGAGGAUUGAAUCUCUCAUUGACAGAGACUAUAUGGAGAGAGACAAAGACAACCCCAACCAGUAUCACUAUGUUGCAUAAUGGAGAGGAAGCCCUUUUAUUAAAAAAAAAAAAUCAAGAAAACAACAAAAUCAUCCAAAUAUAUCUUCUGGAUGCUGAAUACCUAUGCUGUUCCAGAUUUUACUAUUAGCAGAUUUCAGGUUGAUGUAUAUUAUUCAACCAGCUGCAUGCACUGCUAUGGAAGAGAAGCAAAAUGAUACAUUAAUUGGAUCAUCUUUGUCAAGACUCCUUAGUAAUUUUAAAUGUCAUAUUUUUAUUUCUUUUAGUUAUUUCUUUUCUUCUUUGGGGUUCUUGAAAAUUUGUUUCUACAGUUUUGUUUAACAAUGUCAUUGAAAUUGGAUGGAAAGGUAAAAUUACUUAUGUAAGAAAUAUUUCGGUGAUAGGUGCAAGUCUGGUUUAUUCAUGUGUGUGUUCCUGACUGUGCAUCCAUGGAGACCCUAUAUGCUGCAUUCUUUAGCUACAGUGACAAUGUGGGUAAUUUUUUAAAAACUGUUAAUUGAUGAACACUUAUGUACAAGCAGUGUUGUUGAAAUACACUGAAUUUUUGAAAUUAUGCACCAUGAAUACUCUUAAUCUCGUAUUCAUUCAAUUUUCUUUCAAAUGAUUAUAAACUUCAGUCUGGUUUGGAUAAAUCAGGUUUUGAAGUGAGAUCGUUGAAGUGCCAAGAGGACAACUGUGUUAAUGUGUGUAGUGAGCUCUCUAAUUAUUUAGCUUAGAUAGUCAUUUGUGGAUUAUUAUUUUAUUACUACUUUUGCUGGUUUGGGUGGCAAUUAAGAUUGGAGUCAAAGAGGCCCUACCUCAUUUUAGGGCAACUGGUUUUAUCACUGUUCAUGUAAUUGCCGUAAAUUUAGUUUUGCCUUUAAAGUCACAUACAAAGAAACUACUGUACAGUGUGCUCCACUUAAAUAAAUAAAAAGAAAAAAGUUUUUUUUUAAAAAAAGACUUUUACAGUCUUGAUGUUAUGAAAGCAUAGUUUUUGUCUUGAAUGACUAAGGCUUUUGUGAGUACUUUGUUACAUAUUGUAUAUAUGUAAGUUGAUUUGAAUUAAAGAAUGGAAGACAUUGUAGAUCUGUUAGAUAAUUGUAAUUAUAAGGAAGAUACUUUUGUGGUAAUACUUACAAGCUGCUGCUUAUUUUCAGGAUUUGCAUAAUAGUGCGUUUCAUUCUGAUAAAGAGCUACCAAAGGAGUUUUGAUCACAGCAUAAUGAGAAUUUAACUGAACAAUAUUUUCUUGAGAGAUACCUUACUAAGUUUAUGUAACAUGGGUUUUGUGCAUCAAUUAAAAGGCCACCAUCUCUUCUUAAAAUAAGCAUUGCUAAAAAUUGACAUCUCAUGAGUUUAUGUAUUAAAGUCCUUGUUUUGUCAUCUGAUGUCAUUAAUUGUAUUGCAUUCUUUUGAAUUAUUUUUAUUCCCUUUGUGUUUAGAAACUAAACAUGUGUUUACUGUAUUUAAAACAUAUUUAAUAUUGUAAUUUAAUGUAGACUUAUUUUAAUAUUUGAAUCUUCAGUUAAUUCAAAUAAAAACUUUGCUGCAUAUUGAA